CCGAGCUCGCGCUGCUGAGACAAGCAGAGCACAGUGGACCGGUGGCGCGCGCGCUCACACACGCACUCAUAUCACUCCCCAAACAAAGAGAAGCACGCGAGGCGGCAGAGCAUCUCACCCUUUCAGCCGCGAGCCCACUUUGCAGAAGAGUUCCCCUCCCGAGCUCCCGCUCUGUCACCCCUCCGAGGCAGAACCGGUCCGAACCGAAGCUCGAACGCACGGACCAUGACGACCAACGGCGCAACUAACGGGACCAGCGACAUGCUGCAGAUCCAGUUCGGUCUCAUCAACUGCGGGAACAAGUACCUGACGGCGGAGACGUUCGGAUUCAAGAUCAACGCGUCCGCCAGCAGCAUGAAGAAGAAGCAGAUCUGGACCCUGGAGCAAAGCGGGGACGACACCAACGCCAACGUGUUCCUGCUCAAGUCGCAUCUGGGUCGGUACAUCGCCGCCGAUAAGGACGGGAACGUCACCGGGGACAGCGAGGCCCCGGGUCCGGACUGCCGCUUCGUCAUCACCGCUCACGAUGACGGACGCUGGUCCCUGCAGUCCGAGCCGCACGGGCGCUACCUGGGCGGCACCGAGGACCGGAUCAUCUGCUUCGCCCAGACCGCCUCGGUGGCGGAGAAAUGGAGCGUGCACAUCGCCAUGCACCCGCAGGUGAACAUCUUCAGCAUGACGCGCAAGCGCUACGCGCACCUGAGCGACAAGGUGGACGAGAUCGCCAUCGACCGGGACGUCCCGUGGGGGGUGGACUCCAUGAUCACGCUGGUGUUCCGAGAGCAGCGGUACCACCUGCAGACGUCCGACAACCGGUUCCUGAGGAACGACGGCGCGCUGGUCGCCACCACGGACAAGAACACGGGAUACACGCUGGAGUUCCGCUCCGGGAAGGUGGCCUUCAGGGACUGCGGCGGCCGGUACCUGGCUCCCUCCGGACCCUCCGGUACCAUGAAGUCCGGCAAGAGCGGCCGGGUGGGCAAGGACGAGCUGUUCGUGCUGGAGCAGAGCCACCCGCAGGUGGUCCUCACCGCAGGGAACGAGAGGAACGUCUCCACCCGGCAAGGCAUGGAUCUGUCAGCCAAUCAGGAUGAAGAAAGCGACCAGGAGGUGUUCCAGGUAGAAAUUUGUCGUGAAAACAGGAAGUGUGCAUUCCGCACGGCCGCAGGGAAGUACUGGACCCUCACUGCCAACGGCGGCCUGCAGUGCACCGCCUCUACCAAGUCGGCUAAUUGCUACUUUGACAUCGAGUGGCGUGGAAAGAGGCUGACUCUCCGGGCCGCCAACGGAAAAUACGUGGCCGCCAAGAAAAACGGGCAGCUAGCAGCCACCAUGGACUCAGCAGGUGAGUCUGAGGAGUUCAUCAUGAAGCUGAUCAACCGCCCAAUCAUCGUGCUGCGAGGUGAGCACGGCUUCAUCGGCUGCAGGAAGGUGACCGGAACACUGGACUCCAACCGCUCCUCCUACGACUUCUUCACCCUGGAGUUCAGAGACGGCGCGUACAGCCUGCAAGACUCCACUGGUAAAUACUGGAUGAUCGGGAACGAGCAGUCGGUGGUGAGCAGCAGCGACACUCCCGUCGACUUCCUCUUCGAGUUCUGCGACUACAACAAGCUGGCUAUCCGCCACGCGGAUGAUGGGAAAUACCUCCGCGGGGACCACGCCGGCGUGCUGAAGGCCAAUGCCGACGACCUGGAUAGCGCCACACUCUGGGAGUACUGAGGGAGGCUGGGAAACCACGGCAACGAGGAUGCAUUCCGCCCUCUUCCCUCCUUCUGACACCUCCUGUUAUUUUUCAUCCUAUUUGACUUUAUAUGUUGAGCUACAGAGAUCAGUAAGGAUGGGAGGAAGGAGACCCGUCUCCCCCCUUCCUUUUUAUCCUUCCGUCCUCUGUUUCUAAGCUCUGCCCUGCAGUGCAGACCUCCAUCUGUUGCCAUAGUUAUCGCAGGGCUGUGCACUUUUUCCUGCUUCGAGCUGGUUUGCUGUGCAGCAUGUCACUAACCCCCACUCCCUCAUCUGUAUUCAUGCGUCUGAACCGGCCCGGUAGACCUUUUCCUGCCUGAUCAGAGCUCCACAAACAUGUGGUUGCAUCCCCAGCUUCUUCUUCGUUGGUAUCAGUAGAGUUGGGUCCUUUGUUUUGGGGCUGGAUCUCUGAGUGUGUGUCUGUGUGAGUGGGCCUUCCUGCCUGUGAUGACUGUAAUAUAAGUUAGCGUGGAUCUGAUGGAGGUGCAGGUGGCCAACCCCGUUCAUCUCAAGUGUAAGUCCGAUUCCUGUGCUGCUCUAGCUGCGUUCUCAUUGGUUGGCGACAGCGCCAAGGUCUUAAACCAGGAUGUAGAACUCGUAGCCACUCGUCCUGGCCGGCGUCAGAUGUGAAGAGCUGCGCUCGCGCUCGUCGCUGGGCGUAAACGAACCAGGUGUGACUAGUUUCCUGUUCUAUGUUUGAGGCACAGCCAUUAUCAUGGUGACGUGUGCAGCAGGUGUUGAGAUGCGCAGAAUGCUGCUUGCUUAGUUUCCCUCCACUAAAUGUGCACCUCAGCCUUUAACGACCAAACUUUUGAUACUGGAUAAACAAACUUCAAUCAAAUCGAACAGAAAUCUGGUGCUGCUGCCGGCGUCGUGCCGCCCCGUCCUCCACGCCGCCUCUCCGCCCCCGCACAACUAAAGCUGCUGCUGCUUUGAUCUUAGCCUUUCCGUAAAACCACCUUUCUUUGCUUUUGUUGACUAAUCAAAGCAACAGCUGGAGAUUUCAUCAGUCAUGUAGCACAACGUGUUAAUCGGCUCUGCCGUGUUUGCCCUUCUGUCCUCGGCACGAGCUGAAAAACGUCCAUCAGACGAUCCGUCCCUGUGUCCCGUUUCCAUGGUUCCCUUGUUUUGGGUGUUUCCACGAAGGGUUAAGAAGGUGAAAUAAAACGGAGCCUUUCUCCUCCGAGAGCGAACAGAUGUGGAAGGAUAAACAUGUGGUAAUGACUGUGCCUUACCGGUAGGGAAAUAAGUAAAUAACGAAGUCCACAUCUUUGUUUGGUAAAACUGGAAUUUUUCUUUAGUAUUUUGUACUAUUUUUUGGAUAUUGUGGAAUAAUCUCUCUUGUGCCAUUGGUUCACCUAAAGUCCAGCGACCAAUAAAACUGGAAUUUGAAAUGCA